UUGUCAAAAAUGAGAUAGAGAUUUGUCUUGAAAGUGGAGAGCCUGCUGUUGAGACCAAUCAAGGCCUUCACCUGGUCUACAUGCACGCUGGAACUAACCCUUUUGAAGUCAUCAGUCAAGCUGUCAAGGCUGUUGAAAAACACACACAAACUUUUCUGCAUCGUGAGAAGAAAAAAUUGCCAUCUUUUGUUGACUGGUUUGGCUGGUGCACAUGGGAUGCUUUCUAUACCGAUGUCACAGCUGAGGGUAUUGAGGAAGGAUUGAAAAGUUUAUCAGAGGGAGGCGCAACUCCACGGUUCCUCAUCAUCGAUGAUGGUUGGCAACAGAUUAAGAGUAAACCAAAAGACGCCGAUUCUGUUGUACAAGAAGGAGCACAAUUUGCGACAAGGUUGACAGGUAUUAAAGAAAACACUAAGUUUCAAAAGAAUGGUGGGAAUGGACUGGAGCAUGUUGUAGAUCAAACAAAUCAACUUCACAAUAUGAAGUAUGUAUAUGUUUGACAUGCUCUAGCUGGUUAUUGGGGUGGAGUGAAGCCUACAGCAAUUGGAAUGGAGCACUUCAACACUUGUGUGGCAUACCCUGUACACUCUGCCAUUCUAUUACGUUUUGG